AUUAAGGGAUUUAGUAAUUCUCUGAAGGUUGUAGUUCAGAAUUUUGAAAUGUUGGCUGCCUGUUUGUGUUAUCAAUGGUGAUCUACCUUGUAUGCUAGUUUAUUGAUUUCUUUUGAUGUAAAUGGAUGGUCCAAAAAUAGUCCUAUUUGUUACACAUAACUCUUAUUUGUUUUAUGAUACUUAUUUUGUUUUCUAUUUACAAACUGCUUCAUCUUUAGCAUAUGCUGCGGUUUCCAAAAGUGCUCAAGAAAAUCUCCUUCAGGCUCCCUUAUUGUCUAGAUCAAAUAGCAUGGAGGCUUCCUUGGCAAAGGAUACUUCCCCUAAUGAUGUGAAAAAUGGUCAAGGGUUCAAAGGCCAUAGCAUGCUUGCUCCUUUCACAGCUGGGUGGCAGACUACUGAUUUGCAUCCUCUGGUCAUAGAAAAGUCAGAGGGAAGCUAUGUAUAUGACAUUAACGGGAAGAAAUAUCUUGAUGCACUUGCUGGUCUAUGGGCCACUUCUUUAGGUAUGUAAGAUAUCUUUGUUCAGUACUUCACACUUAUUUAUUUUGCUUAUGCUUUCUGAAUUAUAUAUUUCUUAUGGUUGAUGUUCUCAAUCCAUCUUAGA